GCGUGUGGGCGACUUAUCGAGCUCCUAAGUUGUGUUCAAAAGACACAUUCAAGUUCAGGUAUUUACAUACGCGUAUGUAUUGCUAAUUAAAGCAAAAAGUCUUGAACUGCAACCUUGGAUGCAAGAGCUCUUGUGACUGAAAACAAACAAACAAACUGGCAAUGAACUCAACUUAUUACUCGUUAAUUGCUGUAUCAAUAGCAGCCAUUCAACUACUUUGCCCCGGCUUUGCCAGCGCUCGAGUUUAUCAAACGGACGAUGCCAUUAUUAUGGAAGACGACGAAUACGCAGCUCGUUUACACGGAGAUCAACUGAACAAACAUGAUGUCCGCUUUAAACUGGCCCAUCCAUUCCUGUUCGCAGACACGCAUUCCAUCGUCCGGCCUUCGGAGUUUCGGGAAAAAACAAACGCAAUGCCGCAAUCUUUGUGUUUUACGAGAGAAGGCAAACUUGGCUCUUGCACAUCGCUUCGUUCUUGUUACCCGAAUUCCGAAUCGUCCGCACCGAACCCGUUGACCUGGGACAUGAUUAGUAAGCGCAGUACGUGCCGUUACGUCGGCAAUGGCGGCAAACAGGAAGAUGGGGUCUGUUGUUCAAUGCGAACGAUCGACGGCAACGAUGCGGUUACAGGUGGUGGUCGUCGAACUAUACCCGUGGUCACACUCUACGAUCGUUACCAUAGUUUAGUGCAACCUAACUUGAUGGCGUCAUGGUUAAGUUACUAUUAUCCCUACUGGCGAGUCGUUGUCUCGACGAAUCCGAUGGCAACGAGCAAGAGCGUUCCGGUUAGUCAGACGGCCUCGGGUCAAGGUGAAACGAAACAAUCCAGUUGCGGCGCCGGGCCUGCCAAGGCCUUGAGCCUCGACGACCAGCGAAUUGUCGGAGGCAAUAACGCCAUUAAAAAUUCUUGGCCAGGCAUUGUGGCGUUGAAAUUGAACGGCCGUUUCUUGUGUGGUGGAUCUUUGAUUUCCAGGGAUAAGAUCUUGACAGCAGCUCAUUGCGUGUCCUUUUGGUCGAUGAUUUUCCCCCGGUUGUCCGGGCUGUCUGUUGAACUGGGCCUGCACACAGUGAACCCGACGAGUGACGCCCAGGUGACACGGAGGGUCACCCGCGUCGCCCGGCACCUCGGAUUCAAUUCAAAUACUUUCAGGAAUGACAUAGCAAUCCUGACGAUGGAUUCACCCGUUACGUUCACGUCAAGUAUAUCACCAGUCUGUUUACCAUCGCCAGGUGCAAAUGACACGUACGUCAAUCAAACUGCAGCAAUCAUCGGAUGGGGAUCUACUCAACGAGAUGGGAAAAAGGCAUCGGUUCUGCAACAAGCCGCUGUCCGAAUCCUCGAUAAUUCCCAAUGCAAGAAACAAUAUCAAGGUGAAAACGACAUUGUGGAUCACAUGCUCUGCGCUGCUGCUCCUAAUACAGACUCUUGUCAAGGUGACAGCGGUGGGCCGCUACUCGUCCAAGCGGCGCCGGAAUCUCCUUGGGUCCAGGCAGCCAUCGUUAGCUACGGCAUUGGCUGUGCCGAUCAGAGGUAUCCGGGUGUUUAUACGCGAGUGACGUCGUUCUUGCCUUGGAUUCGCAGGUACAUGUGAGCAAUCGAGAUUGACGCACUCCGCCAUUGAAAAUGCAUUGGGGAUCGCUAGGAAUUUUGGUUUUAUAUUUAUUCA